UUUGUCCAACAACAGUUGUCGCCCCAUUACUAACCUUCCAAUGUUCUCUUCUCUUCUCUGUUCUAUAAUAACGAAGCUGUUGUCUUCUUGUCAUUCCUGAACUGUUUUUAUUUUUUUUUUUACACCUUUGUAAUAUUUUCACCUGCAGAAACGAUUCUUCAUUUAUUAAGUUGGAAUCAAGAUGGGUGAGAAUACACCUCUGUAUUUUAAGGAGAACAUCAGCAAAUACCAAAUCCCUCUGGAUCAUAUAGACUUUGGUUAUAUCAAGAAAUGCAAGGAUGUAAAAGAGUUAGAAAAAAUCUACAAACUUCUACGGUCCGGAGAAGAAGGACAUUAUGCUGAGCUUGAAAAAUGUUGUGAAGAAAAACUCCGAGAAAUGCAUCCAAACAGUCGUGCUCUAAGGAGAGAAGAACCCUUGAAAAAAAUUACUGAUCUAAGUCAAGAAGAAAACAUAGCCUUACAAGCUGAGCUGGAGAAUUGGUCCAGCAACAUGUGUAAGCUGGACGGAUCUUUGAAGAAAAAAAAUUCUAAAAAGGCUGUAGAUGAUAUACCCCCCAUCAGAAAUGCAGAAGGAAAGAAAGGGAAGCCCGAAAAAGAAAAGAAAAAAGGUUCAUCAAAAAAGGCUUCUCCAAAACCUCGUGAUAUCAAAGAAUGGGACAAGUUCGAUGUUGAAGGAGAACUAAAAAGGAUAGAUGAGGAUGUUCAAGAAAAGCCAGCUACUAAGAAAGUUAACAGUGAAAUUUCUAAACUAUCUGAAAAUGUGGACAUAGGCAAUGAUUGUCUUGAAGAGACAAAAACUACUCAUGCUUUGAGGGAGAAGGACAAAGGCAAUGAGGCAUUUCGUAGUGGUGACUACAAUGAAGCUGUGAUUUAUUAUAACCGAAGCCUCUCAAUUCAGCCUUUGGAUGUUGUGUACAACAACCGUGCCCUUGCAUAUUUGAAACUGUCCCUCUGGAGCGAAGCUAUUGCUGAUUGUGAUCUUGUCCUAAUAAAUGAUAGCAACAAUGUUAAAGCACUCCUCAGACGAGCCUCUGCUUAUAAAGAAAAUAAAGAAUAUAACAAAUCUCUCUGUGAUCUAAAGACUGUUCUCAAGUUGGAGCCUGAAAAUCAAAGAGCAAAGCAAAUUUUAAGUGUGGUAGAAAAGAAUUCUGAAGCUUCUCUGAAAGAGAAAGAAACCCCUACCCCCAGCAAGAAAAAGGGAAGGAAAUUAGUGAUUGAGGAAAUUGAAGGAAAUGAAGAAGAAGUGUCCCCAGAUAUUAAUAGAAACUUCUUGACAAAUAACUUUCAAAAUGGCAAAGAUGCUAAAGAAGAAAGCCCCGAAAAAUGCGAGAAAGUGCAAGAAAGCUCUAAAAAGAAUUCUGAAGGUGGCAAGCAAGGUUUGGCGAAAUGCAAUGGGAAAGAGUCAAAGCAAAGAAAGAAUCUCAAGAAUAAACUUGAUUCCAAAGUGGGUGCCGAAGAUGGUAAACAGACGUCUGGGAAUGAUGUGAGCAAUAACUGCUUGAAAGAGGCUGAUAAGAACGUAACAGAUGUGAGAGCAUCUGGUGAUGGUGUUGCUAAUAACUUGGUCAACGACCAAAAUACUUCCAAUGAACUAAAAGACAGUUCCUCCCAACACUGUGAUAGUCAGACAGAAGAGGAUGUAGAGGCAAAACCGCCAAGCUUGAACGAACACAGUCCCAAAGUCUACAUGCAUCGGCCAUUGAGUCCCAAAAUCUUGUCUAUGAAAGACUCUGGUAAUGAUUUGUUUCUGAGAGGACGCUAUUCUGAGGCUCUGGAUUAUUAUACCAAAGCUAUAGACCUUCUAGAACAAGAAAGCAUUGAUCAGACAGUUAAUCUGUCCCUGAUCUACAGUAAUCGAGCUGCUUGUUCCUUGAAGAUGGGUCAAUGUCGCAACAGUAUUUCAGAUUGCACCACAUCUUUGCAAUUGGUUCCGUUUUGUGUGAAGCCCUUACUACGUCGAGCCGCUGCUUAUGAAACCCUUGAAAAAUAUGAUCUGGCUUAUGUUGAUUAUAGACAUGUGUUAGCAAUCAAUAACUCAGUGGAAAGUGCUCUGCAAGGUUCAUCAAGAUGCUCCCAAAUCUUGAUUCAGCAACACGGUUACUCUUGGCGGAAUAAAUUACCUGACAUAUAUCCAAUUAAGCCCUCAGACAUUCCAGUUAUCAAACAGCUUUCAGAUUCAGAUGGCACCACAGAGUCUUCAAAACCAUCUGCUGCCCCUGUAAAAACAGGGGGCAACAAGAAAGGAGCUGAGAAACCGAACAAGAAUGAAACUGGGAAAUCCAACAAAACACAGACCCCUAAUGUUGAGAAAGCAACUGUAACUCCUGUGAACACCCAGAAAACAUUGUCUAAGGAAGAGGAGUUUGAGCAGCUUAAAGCACAAGGAAACCAAUUUGUGAAAGAAGAGCAAUACUCAAAAGCCAUUGAUUGUUACAGUCAGUGUAUUCAGCUUUUCCCUGACAAUGCCAUUUCAUAUAGAAACAGAGCACUUUGCUACUUGAAAUUAAAUAAGGCUUCGGAAGCUGUAGCUGACUGUGAUGAAAGUCUCCAUUUGGAGUCCAGCAACAUCAAAACUUUGUUCCGACGUGCACAGGCGAACAAGCUAUUAAAGAAUUACCGAGCCAGUAUCAGUGACUUGAAGAAUCUUCUUAACCUGGAUCCAGAGAACAGCACAGCUAAAAAGGAAUUAGAAAUCGGAAAGAACCUUUGGAGACAGGAGUUAAAUGCCAUGAAAGCCAAUAUGGAUGAUAACAAAACCACCAAAAACUGCAACAAAUGUAGCCAAGAAUCCCGGCCAUCAACCAGUCCUGGCAGCAAUAACAAGAAGAAUUCUAAACAAAGAACUAGACUCCAUGUUCAUGAUGUCGAAGAUGAUAGCUCACUGAAGUCUUCCUCAAAGUUACAUGGCAAACAUCACAAAAACUCCAAAAAGUCUGAGGGUAAAGUUCCAGAAGGUUCACAGUCAGCUGGCAGCAACAGUUCCAGUAAAAAAAACAGAUCGAACUCUGAAGUUGCUGGUCCCACUCCAGUGUCUGCCCCACAUAUAGAUAAAGCUACUCCCUAUGAGUUCCUGAAAGCUUGGAAUUCCUUAAAAACACUAAAUAAUACAAAACCCUAUGCAGAUCUUCUGGCACAGAUAACUCCCAAAGAUUUACCAAUGGUAAUUAGCAACAAAUUAGAUGCUUCCAUGUUAAACUUGAUAAUCCAGUGUGUGUCUGAACAUUAUGCUGAUAAAGAUUCUGCUGAAGUUGGUCUUGAAUAUUUGAUAAACCUAACAAAAGUGGCACGGUUCCAAACAAUCGCUAUGUUUCUCUCUUCCAAGGAAAAAUCUGAUCUAUUGUCCCUGAUCAAUACCUUAGCGGAAAACCAAUCAACGUAUAACGAAACAGAAAUCUUAGCCUUGAGACAAGAUUAUGGCUUAAAGUAAGAAACAUUGGCGUUUGCUUCACGUCGGGACUUCAAGGCGUUCUCUAAAUGGUAUUUCCACCUUCCACCACUGUCCCCUCUCUCUCUUCCCUUACUUACCCAUACAAUCUCUCCCUCUCUCUUGCCCUUCUCCACACCCCCAUUAAUCUUUAUUUAUUGAUUGAUAUUUAUAUAUCU